CCUUCCCGGUUGGACAAGAGAGCGUGGCUCACGCAAGUGUCAAAGAGACUCUUCCAAGUACCGAAGCUGGAUGCAUUCAAUUAAUUUGGCAGAAAAGGAUUGAUACACAAUUGCCAUUUUUAUAAGGUGCUGGACAGAGCCACGAGGGGACAAUGUCUGACAGCAGUGGUGCUGCCAACAGCAAUAGCUGGACUGUCCUCACAGCUGAGGAGACUGUUGCUGAGACACUGAGGCCUGUAGAGGAGGGAACAGAGCACCAUGAAGAUACACCCAGUCAUACUGCUGCAGAGAAACCUACUGGUACUCCCAGUCAUACUGCUGCAGAGAAACCUACAGAGAGUAGGCCUGGGGAGGAUGCAGUGUCUGCUGAAGAGUCUCACUCUGUGAAGCUACAGCAGGAGACCCAGGAAACACAACCAGAGAGAGACAAGGAUUACACCCCUGUUGUAGAGAGUCCCACCCAUGACCUUCCCUUUGACCCUGCCCUUGACUCCACCUCUGCUAGUGUUGCUCCUCCGAGCUCUCUGUUAGAAGUCCCCGCCCCCACAGGCCGUGACCCAGAUACACACAGCCAAUCCAGAAGCCUUCCUGGGAAUCCAGCCCCUCCCAUCUCUGACCCUGAUUCGUUCUCUGACUCCUACACCCACAUUAGCUCCUCCCCCGACCUUGAAGAGCCCCCUGCCUUGCUGCUCAACACUGAGCCACCGGAAGAGGUGGGGCUUGUACAGGAAGCGGAGGGGUAUAUACAGGAUGUGCAUCAUCAUUAUGAGGAGGGGCUUGGGCCGGAAGAGGAGGAGUCUGAUCUGUCUGAGGUCGGGGCCAAGACAGACUCCCAUCUGGAAGCAGAGGUGGUGGGGGAGGAGGAAGGGGUGUCAGGGGUGAGGAGGAGGAGGGGGUCUCUCCUGGCGGCUCUGGAGCGGAUCGGAAGGAAGGAGGACGAGGAGGAGGAGGAGGAUGAGUUCCGGAUUCCGCAGCAGAGGGAGCAAGAGGAGACUGGUUUCUCUCUCAACAAGUGCAUCCUAGGAGCUGUCAUACUGCUGGGCCUCGGAACCAUCUUCUUCUCAGGUGUCUUCAUGGACCUGGAUGGUGAGGGGGACUAUGAUGCCAGGGAGCUGAGAGAAACAGAGGUGGUGGGAAAACAGGAAUGGCUGAAUCCUGAGGUUCCUCUUCCUCUUGACAGUACAGACCAACUGAAUAAACUGGCUAAAGAAGACCCACGGAUAGCUGUACUGCAAGCCCAACUCAUGGCACAGAAAGAGGAGCUAAAAGUAGCCCAGCAGGAGGCGGAGGAUGGAGGGAAGGAGAGAAAGAAGAGAGAGGAGGUGGAGAAGGAGCACGGUAGGCUGAAGAAAGAGAUGACAUCGCUCCCUGUCCUUCAGAAGGAGAACGAGAGGAUGAAGAGAGAGCUGGAGUCUGUUCCUGUCUUACAGAAGGAUCUAGAGACACUCAGAGCCACAGUGACUGAACUAAAACACAGCACAGCCAAAGAAGCAGCAUCACCUCCAGUCUCUGCCUCUGUCCCGCCCCACUCUGGCCAAGCUGGGGAUGACAGCCAGAACACAGCCGGAACAAUAGAGAGGGAGGGCAAGAAACCAGGGAAGGGAGAGAAAACAGAUCAAAAAGAGUUGAAGGAAGAGAAAACGGAUUGGAAUAAGGGAGGGAAGACAGAUUGGAAUAAGGUAGGGAAGACGGAUUGGAAUAAGGUAGGGAAGACGGAUUGGAAUAAGGGAGGGAAGAAGGAUUGUGAGGUAGAAAAAGAGUGGAGAAGUGGAAAAUAUGACCAGGAGAAAGAAGGAAAAGAGGAGAAAGAGUGGAAGAAGAAAGAAGACAAGAAGGGAGAAUGGAAGAAAGAUAAAUCUAGCAGAGGGGAUGAGGGCAAACCAUGGAAGGACAGAGGAAACAUUAUUGAAUGGAAGGAGAAGAGUGAGAAAAAAGACUGGAAGGUGGAGAAAGAUUGGAAAAAGGGAAAACCUGAAAGAUGGAGUGAUAGCAAGGAGUGGAAAAAAGGCAAGGGCGAGCAGAAGGGAAAAGAAGAGAAAAAUCAAAAGAAAGGAGGUUGGGUUGAGUGGAAGGGAGAGAAGGAGUGGAAGAACGACAGGGAUGACUACAAGGACCUUGGCAAAGGAUGGAAGGAGAGAGGAGAGAAAAAGGAGUGGAAGGGAGAGAAGAAUGGAAAAGAGGACAAAAAUCUAAGAAAAGGAGGUUGGAAUGAGGGCAGGGAUGAGUGGAAGGGAAAGAAGAAUGGAAAAGAGGACAAAAAUCUAAGAAAAGGAGGUUGGAAUGAGGGCAGGGAUGAGUGGAAGGGAGAGAAGAAUGGAAAAGAGGACAAAAAUCUAAGAAAAGGAGGUUGGGAUGAGGGCUGGGAUAAGUGGAAGGGAGAGAAGAAUGGAAAAGAGGACAAAAAUCUAAGAAAAGGAGGUUGGGAUAAGGGCAGGGAUGAGUGGAAGGGAGAGAAGGAGUGGAAGAACGACAGGGAUGACUACAAAGACCUUGGCAAAGGAUGGAAGGAGAGAGGAGAGAAAAAGGAGUGGAAGGGAGAGAAGAAUGGAAAAGAGGACAAAAAUCUAAGAAAAGGAGGUUGGAAUGAGGGCAGGGAUGAGUGGAAGGGAAAGAAGAAUGGAAAAGAGGACAAAAAUCUAAGAAAAGGAGGUUGGAAUGAGGGCAGGGAUGAGUGGAAGGGAGAGAAGAAUGGAAAAGAGGACAAAAAUCUAAGAAAAGGAGGUUGGGAUGAGGGCUGGGAUAAGUGGAAGGGAGAGAAGAAUGGAAAAGAGGACAAAAAUCUAAGAAAAGGAGGUUGGGAUAAGGGCAGGGAUGAGUGGAAGAGAGAGAAGGAGUGGAAGAACGACAGGGAUGACUACAAAGACCUUGGCAAAGGAUGGAAGGAGAGAGGAGAGAAAAAGGAGUGGAAGGGAGAGAAAUAUUGGACAAAGAAAGACGUCAGUAAAGAGUGGAAGAGUAAGGACAACAGGAGAGAAAAUGAGUGGUCUGAUGGAAAUAGAAAGAUGGAAGGCUUGAAGGAGAGAAACGGUGGAAACUGGGAAAAGGACAGAGGGAAUGAGAAGGACCACCACCACUACUCUAAGGAAGGGGAGAAAGAGAGGAGAAAGAGAGAAAAGGGCCCACCCCAAACCCACCGCAGACCCCACCUUGAGCAACCUGACUACUGGAGUCACCAGAGAGAACGACUGCAGCACAAACCCAACCCUCAAACCCACUGCAGUUCAGUGGAGGCCUGCGCCCAGGCAGAGGGGCUGCUCCCUGUCACCAUGCCGGAGUUUGAGGCCCUGCUCCUGGGUUACCUGGUCAAGGCAGAGAGGGUGGGGGUGGAGGCCUCCAAGAGGGAGGAGCUCAGUAAGCUAACCAAGGAGUUCUUCAGUGACGGAGUGUUCGUUCAUGACCAGAUGAGCUUCAAGGACUUUGUGGAGGAUGUGGAUGACAUCUUAGAGGAUAUGGUGGAGGAUGAGGAGGUAGAGGAGGAGAUGGAUGACUUUGAGGAAGAAGCCAUGAACAGGUUUUCAGUUCCAGGGGGAGGAGAGAGGGAGAAGUGGAGGAAGGAGAGUGGGAGAGGACGGGUGUGAUGGAGUGAGAAAGGGAGUCAAUGCAUGUCAGGAGGAGCGGAAAGAUGGAGGUUUAGGAAAAUAGAUGGAUGUGCUGCAAGGUAGAAUUUAGGAGGAGCAACACACACAUACAUAUAUAUACUACCACCGUUCAAAAGUUUGGGGUCAUUUAGAAAUGUCCUUGUUUUUGAAAGAAAAACACUUCUUUUUUUUUUGUCCAUUAAAAUCAAAUUGAUCAGAAAUACAGUGUAGACACUGUUAAUGUUGUAAAUUACUAUUGUAGCUGGAAACUGCUGAUUUUUAAUGGAAUAUCUACAUAGGCGUACAGAGGCCCGUUAUCAGCAAUCAUCACUCCUGUGUUCCAAUGGCACGUUGUGUUAGCUAAUCCAAGUUUAUAAUUUCAAAAGGCUAAUUGAUCAUUAGAAAACAUUCGUGUCUAGUUUGAGAAACAGAUGCCUCAAGUCCUCAACUGGCAGCUUCAUUAAAUAGUACCCGCAAAACACCAGUCUCAACGUCAUCAGUGAAGAGGCGACUCCGGGAUGCUGGCCUUCUAGUCAGAGUUGCAAAGAAAAAGACAAAUCUCAGACUAGCCAAUAAAAAUAAAAGAUUAAGAUGGGCAAAAGAACACAGACACUGGACAAAGGAACUCUGCCUAGAAGGCCAGCAUCCCGGAGUCGCCUCUUCACUGUUGACGUUGAGACUGGUGUUCUGCGGGUACUAUUUAAUGAAGCUGCCAGUUGAGGACUUGUGAGGUGUCUGUUUCUCAAACUAGACACUCUAAUGUACUUGUCCUCUUGCUCAGUUGUGCACCGGGGCCUCCCACUCCUCUUUCUAUUCUGGUUAGAGACAGUUUGCGCUGUUCUGUGAAGGGAGUAGUACACAGCGUUGUAUGAGAUCUUCAAUUUCUCGCAUGGAAUAGCCUUUGUAGAUAUUCCAUUAAAAAUCUGCUGUUUCCAUCUACAAUUGUAAUUUACAACAUUAACACUGUUUCUAAUCAAUUUGAUAUUUUAAUGGACAAAAAAGUUGAUUUUCUUUCAAAAACAAGGACAUUUCUAAGUGACCCCAAACGUUUGAAUGGAUAUAUAUAUAUAUAUAUAUAUAUAUAUAUAUAUAUAUAUAUAUAUAUAUAUAUAUAUAUAUAUAUACACACAUACACACAUACACACACACACACACACACAGUCUUGUAUAUCUAACCUUGUAUAACUAACCCAUUCAAAAUCCUCUACCCAAAAUGAAUCCUUAAACCUAGCUCCUAACCCUGAACUUAAUUCUAACCAUAACACUAAUUCUAACCUUAACCAUAAACCCCCUAGAAAUAGCAUUUGACCUUGGGGACUAACAAAAUGCCCCCAGUUGGUCAAAUUUGUUUGUUUACUAUUCUUGUGGGGACUUCUGGUUCCCACAAAUAUAGUGAAACAUGUCCAAACACACACUAUCUACUAAUGUCUUUAAUCUUAUGCUGUUUUCCAUUUCAACAGUUUAAAAGUCUGAAUGAAUCAUGUAUUACACACACACACACACACACACACACACACACACACACACACACACACACACCUCAGGCAUUCAUUUGAGAGGGAUAUGUGAAGUUGUUGAUGGGAGUAGAGAGAGAGACUAGCAGGCCAGUGGCACUGAGGAAACGGAGACCCAUCCAGCAGUCUUAAUAAAGAUAGUGGGAGGGGACUAGAAUUUGUCUCUCAAUGGCCAAUCCCAAAUCAACCCCUCGCCUAACCUCUUACUGUACUGUACCCAAGCACAUAGGAAACCAAACCACCCAGGAUCGCUAGCCUAAAACAGGGGUGUAACACUUGUCUGUUUCAUAAAGAGGAGUGUGUUUCCCCUGUAGAUUACACUAUGCAUCGUGCACUGCCAAGUUAACCCUUUCACUGGCCGCGUGUAGUGUUGGUAGCUCUCAUUCAUGUCAAUCAUUUCUGUUAACUUAUUUAUUAAUAACUUCAUUUUUGUUUGUGAGACGUGGUCUUUAAAAGUCAUUAAAGGAUAGAUUUCCAAAGUGACUGAAGUACUGAGGAGGAGUGAAUGUAACGUGAUGCAGGCCUUUAUUUUCAUGUCAAUGUUUAACAGGUUGUAAAUAGUGCAGUAAAACACCACACACUUACAAAACAUUUGAAUGAUAUAUUAUAUUUAAAAUAAAAUAGAGGAUUUUAGAAAUGUCAGAAGGCACAUUAACUUGCUUUGGAGACAAUGUAAUAUGUUGACCAUGCAUCCAUCCUUUUGGAUAAAGAGGGAAUGUAUUGAAAACACUAAAACGUCUUUACUUUUGCUUAUGUUGCAACAGUUCUUAUGAAGCAGAAUGCUCAUGGUACUUAAGAUAAGGAUUGUCUUCAGGAAAGAGAAGAGAUGGAUGUUGUGGUUCAACUUGACUUUACAGUCCUGUAUUUACCAGUUAUUUACUUACAUAGUAGAAUGAUCAUCAGAAUAACCACCUAAUAACUUUUGUAUUAUUUUUUAAACUAUUAAUUGUAAUAGUUUCUAAUUCUGUUGAAUUCUUUGAGAUAAGUACCAAAAGGUAUGACUUGUUACCAUAGUUUUAUAGUAAAUACCUGGUAGAUACCAGAUGAAGCAGGGCUGUAAAAUAAAGUCUUACUGAUGCCCUAUGUUUACAUGAUGGUAACUGUGUAAAACUGAUGAUUGACAAGCCCAUAUCCACUCAUUAAAACAUUGAUUGAAUGGACAUUCAAGUUGAACCAGGUGGGCUUACAGCAGCAUCUUUGAAAACUCCUUUGUGUGCUUUAAAUGUAAUAUGGUACGAUUGUGAUAAAAGCAACCUAAUAAAUGAAGCUUUGACCUUCUGAAGAA